AUGGAGUCGGGCGCACCUCACACGAACAAUUUUCCUUUCCACUCCGCCUCUUUCCCCAUGCCGCCGGGAGAACCCCCCCGGUCCUUCCGCCACCCGCCCUCGCGCAACGGCAGCGCAGGCGGCGAUAUGAGCUCCGAGCCUCCCCCAUUCUCGGAACACAGCCCGCACCAGCCCCACCUCCCCCACUACGCGACAAACGUGCGCCAGCCGUCGUCGCUUAGAUUCUCCUUUGACAAUAAGUGCGCGCUCGGCGCAAGACAGGAAGACUCGGGGGAGGGGCCCGCGGGGAACGCGGAGACUGCGCGGAGAGUAGGCGGAGGAGUUGACGGGGAGGGGGGUUGGGGGGAGGAUGGGGAAGCUGCGCAAAGGCGGCACAAUAAUAGAGGCGCAUAUCCCGCGCAGGGGUUUGGCGGAAGCUUUGGCGGAAGCGGAGGUCCGCAGCCCGCGGGCCUCUAUCAGGCGCAGUUUUAUGGCGAGUUCCACCAACAGGGGAACCCGCGCAACCAGAACGGGGGGAACUGGCGGGGAGGGGAAGGCGGGUUGGUGCGGGAGGGUCAGGCGGAAGGACAGGCGGAAGGGCAGGCGGAGAACAGUAAGAGUGUUCCUCCGGGGGGUUGGAGCCCAGGUGAACGAGCAGAUUUCGGACCUGUCUCAGGUGAUUACUCAGGUGCUCCAACAGGGUAUGCCAACAGAGAGCCUUCAGAUGCUUAUGAGGGACUGAGACAGAAUUACCCUUUGGAUGGGGCUAGAAGGCGAGUUAACCCUCAGUUUGACCAGGAGAUGGGGGAAGAAGACGACGAAGAAGCAGGGGAGGAGGGUGAAGGAGAAGGAGAAGGAGAAGGAGAAGGAGAAGGAGGACAAGAGGAGAGGGAUGGGGGUGUUGGUGUGGGGGAGGAGAGGGGGGAAGGCGGGCGAACGGGACCAGGGGGAGAGAGGGAGUGGGACGAGGAGACACAUCGGCUACGCAACAGGGAGCGAGAGGAGGAGGAGGAGGAGGAGGAGGAGGAGGAGGCGGAGGAGGAGGAGGAGGAGGAGGAGGAGGAGGAGGAGGAGGAGGAGGAGGAGGAGGAGGAGGAGGAGGAGGAGGAGGAGGAGGAAGAGGAGGAAGGAUAG